ACAUGAAUACAACCACUAGAUCUAUAUAAGCUUACAGAGCCGCAAAAUUUCUCUCUUUUCACGUUUGCCCCCGUGGAGGCACUUGCGAAAUCGAUAGACCGAAAAUUGGGGCGUGGCUAACCUCAGAAGGUCGCGUCUAUUUUGAUAUCGCAAGGUGCGUGUGACGUCUUCAAACAGACAGGCACAGGAAUAGAUUAUUUACGUCACAGCUUUUCUCCUAUUCGGUGGAGUGGAAAAUGGCGUCAAGCAAGGUGAAAACGUCCCAACAGGGACCAAGACAGGACAGCUAUCGGUAUGCUGUCACGCCAGGAGAUGAGGGGGGUGGCAAGAAGAAGGGGAAGAAGAAGAAGGACAUGGAUGAACUGAAACAGGAGCUUACCAUGGACGAACACAAGAUCCCAGUCACUGAGCUGUACAGUCGACUGAACACUGACCCCAACAUGGGUCUCACGCCGGAGUAUGCACAACAUGUUCUGCUUCGCGAUGGGCCCAACGAGCUGACACCACCCAAAGCCACCCCGGAGUGGCUCAAGUUCUGCAAGCAGAUGUUCGGUGGUUUCUCACUGUUGCUGUGGGUGGGAGCCAUUUUGUGUUACAUCGCUUACGCUAUUCAGGCGUCCCAAAUGGAAGAUGUACCCGGCGACAACUUGUAUCUGGGUAUCGUGUUGACCGCUGUCGUCGUAGUCACUGGUUGCUUCUCCUACUACCAAGAUUCUAAAUCUUCAAGAAUUAUGGACUCCUUCAAGAACCUUGUGCCACAAUACGCACUUGUUGUCCGAAAUGGCAUCAAGAAAGACAUCCGUGCCAGUGAGCUAGUAUUGGGUGACAUUGUGGAAGUGAAGUUUGGGGACCGAGUGCCGGCCGACAUCCGCGUGAUCCAGGCUCAGGGCUUCAAGGUGGACAACUCUUCUCUGACCGGAGAGUCUGAGCCACAGUCAAGGAGCGCUGAGUUCACACACGAGAACCCCCUGGAAACCAAGAACAUUGCUUUCUUUUCCACCAAUGCUGUCGAAGGUACAUGCCGCGGUGUGGUGGUCAAGACCGGAGACAACACCGUGAUGGGCCGUAUUGCUAACCUGGCCUCGGGUCUCGAGGUCGGCGAGACUCCCAUCGCAAAGGAGAUUGCUCACUUCAUCCACAUCAUCACGUCCGUGGCAGUAUUCCUUGGUGUAACGUUCUUCAUCAUCGCUUUCAUCCUCGGCUACUUCUGGCUGGACGCAGUAAUCUUCCUGAUCGGUAUCAUCGUAGCGAACGUACCGGAGGGACUUCUGGCCACUGUGACUGUGUGCUUGACCCUCACUGCCAAGAGAAUGGCCAAGAAGAACUGUCUGGUGAAGAACCUGGAGGCCGUAGAGACCCUGGGAUCCACGUCCACCAUCUGUUCAGACAAGACCGGCACUCUCACCCAGAACCGCAUGACCGUCGCACACAUGUGGUUUGACGGGCGCAUAGUCGAGGCGGACACCAGCGAUGAUCAGUCAAACUCCACCUACAGCCGCUCAGACCCGUCAUGGCUCGCCCUCUCAAGAUGUGCCAUGUUGUGCAAUCGUGCAGAGUUCAAGGCCGACCAGGAAAAUGUCCCAGUACUCAAGAGGGAAUGCAACGGUGACGCCUCGGAGUCAGCCCUCCUCAAGUGUGUUGAGCUUUCUAUUGGUCGCGUGACAGAGUUCAGAAAGAGGAACAAGAAAAUCUGUGAGAUCCCGUUCAACUCGUCCAACAAAUACCAGGUAUCGAUCCAUGAGACCGAGGAUCCCAAUGACCCACGCAGCCUGAUGGUGAUGAAGGGCGCCCCUGAGAGAAUUCUGGAACGCUGCUCCAGCUACAUCAAGGACGGUAAUGAGUACCCCGUUGACGACAAGUUCUCCACCGCCUUCAACAUUGCCUACAUGGAGCUGGGAGGGCUAGGUGAACGAGUGCUCGGAUUUUGCGACUUUGUCCUUCCCAGUGAUGAGUACCCACCAGGCUACAAGUACGACUCCGAGGAUCCCAACUUCCCCCUGACCGGUCUGCGCUUCGUUGGCCUGAUGUCCAUGAUUGAUCCCCCGAGAGCUGCAGUGCCAGAUGCCGUAGGAAAAUGCAGAUCUGCUGGUAUUAAGGUUAUCAUGGUCACUGGUGAUCAUCCAAUCACGGCCAAGGCAAUUGCAAAGGGUGUCGGCAUCAUCUCAGAGGGUAGCCUGACCAUCGAGGACAUUGCAGAGCAGAGGGGUAUCCCAGUGGAGGAGGUGGAUCCACAUGAGGCCAAGGCAUGUGUUGUUCACGGCUCAGACCUCCGCGACAUGACGCCGUUCCAGAUCGACGAGAUUCUCAACAACCACAGUGAGAUCGUGUUCGCCCGAACCUCGCCCCAGCAGAAACUGAUCAUCGUUGAGGGCUGCCAACGCCAGGGACAGAUCGUAGCUGUGACUGGUGACGGUGUCAACGACUCCCCCGCCUUGAAGAAGGCUGAUAUUGGUGUUGCCAUGGGUAUCGCCGGGUCAGACGUGAGCAAACAGGCUGCCGACAUGAUCCUGCUCGACGACAACUUCGCCUCUAUCGUAACUGGCGUUGAAGAGGGUCGUCUCAUCUUUGACAACUUGAAGAAGUCCAUCGCCUACACCCUGACCUCGAACAUUCCCGAGAUUUCGCCGUUCUUGCUGUUCAUCCUUCUCGACAUUCCACUGCCGCUUGGAACCAUCACGAUUCUGUGUAUCGAUUUGGGAACCGACAUGGUACCUGCUAUCUCGCUCGCAUACGAACAGGCAGAGACCGACAUCAUGAAGAGACAACCCCGCGACCCGCUCCAUGAUAAACUUGUCAAUGAACGACUGAUCAGCAUGGCCUACGGACAGAUUGGUAUGAUCCAAGCCUUGGCCGGUUUCUACGUGUACUUCGUGAUUCUGGGAGAGAGUGGCUUCUGGAUGCGCAAGCUGCUGGGUAUCCGUGAGCAGUGGGACUCCAGAGGUGUCAAUGAUGUACAAGACUCGUACGGACAGGAAUGGACCUACGCCCAGAGGAAGCGGUUGGAGUACACCUGCCACACGGCUUUCUUUGUUUCCAUCGUCGUUGUGCAGUGGACGGACUUGUUGAUCUGCAAGACCCGUAAACUGUCCCUCUUCCAACAGGGAAUGAAGAACCAUCACCUGACAUUUGGUCUGUUCUUCGAGACGGCCCUCGCUGCAUUCCUAACAUAUUGCCCUGGACUUGAGAAGGGACUUCGCAUGCAGAAUCUCCGAUGGAAUUGGUGGUUCCCAGCGUUCCCCUUCAGUUUGGCCAUUCUUAUCUAUGACGAGGUCAGGAAGUUGAUUCUUAGGAACCGGCCUGGUGGCUUUGUAGAAAGGGAAACAUACUAUUGAUACAUCGCGUGCGUUAGUUUUCAUGAUGUACAAAUGUCCAAGAUGAAAGACCCCACUGAACCUCAGAAUCAGAAACUUCAUGGUGUAUUUACAAACAGCCAUGUUCCAUUCUUAAGAAAAAACACGCUUAGCGUGCAAAUGUCAAAUAAGAUGUACAAUUUAGUAUACAUAAUUUGUUUACGUUAAAUUUAGAUUUGUGUGCGAACUUUAUAUAUAUUUGUGAAUUUUUAAACAAAACCUUUUUUUACUGACUGUUUGGUUGACUGUAUAAACAGUUGAUAUUUGAGUGCAAUGAUUUUAUAAACUGCAAGGCGAGGAUUGUUCGAGUGCAUUACACAGCUGACGUGGAAAAUGGCUUCCAAACCGGGAUAGAAGAAGUGGGAAUGCUGUUUACAGCAAAGGAAAAGCAUUUACGGCUUGAAAGUAGAGUGACUAUGUUUAUUUCUGUGAGUCCAUAUGUCCAUAACUAUCACCAACGGGUUUCGGUGAAUGCAGUUGCAGUAACAUCGGCAACUGGUGUACCAUUUGCAAUACCAUCGGCAAAUGUUGUGAGUCCAUUAUGUGGGUGUACUUAUACCAUCUUGUACACUUAAUUUUCGUGUGCUUUUACCAUCUUGCACACUUGUCCAGUGUACUUUUACCAUCAUGUACACAUUGCGUAAACAUUGUGCAAUCUACUUUGAGAAAGUAAAUGCUUGACCUAGUGAACUUUCAAGGCAUUCCAACUGAAGAAUAAACUAUCUUGCAGCCAUUUUUCAGACUAAGGAGAGUUCGUAACAUAUCGUAUCUCCAAUGGCCCAUACACAGUUGAGAUUUCAGUGAAGUUAGAAAUCUCAUCUAUAAUCUGGCAGACAAAAUACGGAAUACAUUCCCGUGUGUUCACAGAUUUGGGAGCAUGGACCGUCCAAACCAGAAUGGAAAAAGAAUCUACGUGUGACCUCAAAUGGAUUUUUGUUCCUGUUAUUAAUGUAUUGUUGUGACGGAACUUUGAUAGUUGAAUGCGAAAUGCUCUGCGGAUAUUACAAAAUAAGAAAUUUUUAUAAGGUUCUUUAAGAAAUUUCUUUUUUUUUUUAUCUGUUCUAAGAGAUAUGAUCAUGAAUGAACGGAAGAUUUGUUGGAUUUGCUUAAAUAAUAAUAUGCCUUCGUUUUUUUGGUUGUUAUGUAAUAUUUUUUACGAUAGUGACAUUUUAUAUGUUUUCAUCGCUCAAAUGAUAUCAUCUUCUACACAGUAUCGUUGACAUGUUUAUUUAUCACGAAAUUAGAUCUGUGGUUACUGGUAGCAAAUUAAUUGUUGUUCAUACAUUGUUAAUACAAAUAUUAUUACAGUAGAACAGAACAUAAACUUGUUUGCCCUAUGUUAAUUUGUUAUUCUAGAUUUUAUUGUACUUUUAUUUACAAAAUUUUUAAAGCCCCAACACAGGAAAAGUGAUGAUGCAUCUCCUAAUAUUUUGUUUAGUCGACAAUGCUGCUAAUUUACCUCAUGCACUCAUGUGAUGGGGUCCACUAUUGUCCAAAUCUUUACAUUCCAGAAAAUGUCAUGAAGUUAAACCAACUUUGCUUAUAUUUCUUUAGUACAUUUAAGGUAAUCCCCCAUAUAAAAUGCAUGCUUUAUUUGACAUCAGUCAUCAGGAAUGAUGAUUUUGAUAUCCUGAACAAAACUUUACCUGUUCACAAAUGUUUCGAUCAUCAGUUAUUGUUUCCCAUAAUUAUUUAAACUAUUCUUGUGCAAUCGGACACUUAAAUUAUCUGUCGAUGUCGUUGUGCUUUAGUAACAAGUAUUUUGAGGUAACACAUUUCCGAACCAUUGCUGUAACAUCCGAUCACUUUUUGUCCAAAAUAAGUGGUUUUGCUGUAUUUUAAAAAUUUUGUAUUGGUACCACACUUGUAAAAUAAUAAAAAUAGACCUAUA